UAAUAAAUUUGAUUUUAUUAUUCAUCUUAAAUAUAAUUGUCGACUAGACAACUCGACGAAUAUUUGAGUGCCACUCGUCUUUUUCUACGAAACAAAAGCAGAGCUUGCAGUUAGCGAAAAAACAAACAAACAAGAUUUAUCCUUGACUGUAAAAAGAUUUAUCCUUUUCCUUUGAAACUUUAGCCGAUAAUAAUCUACAAUUAACUGAUCUUUGUUUUUUCAUUUUUACAUCAAUAGUAAUUAUUAUAAUUGUAAAAUAUAUAUUCCCCCCUGAAGCCGCCAUUAUUGCUUCCCUGUCCCACAAUCAACAUUUCACUAACAGCACUUUGUUUGGACCUAAUUUUUUUUUGUUGAUUUUUUCUAGUCCCAGAUCUAUAUAGUUCUGUCGUAUUCAUCAAACUUCACUUUCUCCGACGAUUCUCAUUCUACCCCCCUUUUUUUUUUCUUUUUUGCAUCGACGAUAAGGGUUUCUCGAUGUCCCUAGAUUGGUGUACAUCCAAUCGAAGGUGAAAAGCAAAGUUUUCGUUUGUAGCAAAGAGUUUCUGCUAUUUGGUGAAGAAAAGAAGUGCCCAAAUAUAGGGAUUCGGAGCUUUUUCUUCAGUUCUAGGGGUGUUUGUGUUUGAUGCUCGUUAGCCUGUGGAACGAAUGGCUCCUAUAUACUAUAUCCUCAUUGCGCUGCCUUGUACCUGUGGUGCAAUCGGAUUGGCGCUUUUGCACAUAUACAGGCAUCUUUUGAAUUACACUGAGCCUACUUAUCAAAGAUACAUUGUCCGGAUCAUCUUCAUGGUUCCUGUUUAUGCACUAACGUCAUUCUUGUCACUCAUCCUAAAUGAGAGAGCCAUCUAUUUCAAUUCCAUUCGUGAAAUAUAUGAGGCGUGGGUCAUAUAUAAUUUUCUAUCACUCUGCCUGGCAUGGGUUGGUGGCCCAGGGGCUGUUGUUCUAAGUUUGAGCGGCCGAAUUCUAAAGCCAAAUUGGUGUCUGUUGACCUGCUGCCUUCCUCCGCUUCCUUUGGAUGGGCGCUUUAUUCGAAGGUGCAAGCAGGGAUGUUUACAGUUUGUGAUUCUCAAGCCCAUAUUAGUGAUCGUUACAAUCGUACUCUAUGUAAAAGGAAAAUAUGAGGAUGGAAAUUUCAGUCCAAGUCAAUCAUACCUCUACCUCACAAUUAUAUAUACUAUCUCAUACUCAAUGGCACUUUAUGCCUUGGCUUUGUUUUACGUGGCAUGCAAAGAUCUGCUCCGGCCAUUUAAUCCAGUUCCUAAGUUCAUCAUUAUAAAAUCCGUCAUAUUCCUUACGUACUGGCAGGGUGUUUUGGUGUUUCUUGCUGCAAAGUCUGAACUUAUUAAAGAUACCGAGGAAGCUGCUGAAUUUCAGAAUUUUAUAAUUUGUCUUGAAAUGCUUAUUGCGGCAUUUGCUCAUCUUUAUGCCUUCCCAUACAAGGAAUAUGCUGGCGCAAAUAUUGGUCCUUCUCGUGGUUUUAGCGCCAGUCUUGGACAUGCCCUUAUGCUAAAUGACUUUUAUCAUGAUACUGUCCAUCAGUUUGCUCCUACAUAUCAUGAUUAUGUCCUUUAUAAUCAUGGUGGUGAUGCUGAAGAGGGGGGUGCAACGAAGUACAGGGCGAGGACUUUCGUUCCAACUGGCCCAGAGAUGGAUACUGUUAGGAAAAACAAGCACAUAUUUGGAAACAAACAAGAAGAUGUUCAGUUAUCUAAUCUCUCUCCCUCUGCCAAUAACAAUAAUCCACAAUAUCCUGGUGCAGGCCAGCAAACAGGGAAAUCGGAGGCAAUGAACUACUCGUUGCUUAUGGAUGCAUCAUCUAAUGUUUCAACACCCUAUGACCUAUCAUUGAUUGAUGUAGACAUUUCGAAUUAUCCAUCCAAGGUACCUGCAGUCAAUCCUGGGUCAAGGUGAUGACACUGAACUUUCAACCAUGUGUGAAUUUAUUGUUGUUGGGAAUUAGAUGCGCCCAGCGUCGCACGCGACCUGAGUAUGUCGCUGUGAAGGUCAGAAUUGUAAUUUAGUUUGUAAAUUUAGGCAAAGCUAGUUUUCUCUACCAUGUGCUAUUGAUUGUUUGUUCCUCAUUUCCAUAUGUAGUGUAAUCAGAGAAACCUCAGCUAUGUUGCAUUUGGAUGGUUUAACACAAGCUCAUCAUCAUAUUUUUAUCUA